UUUGAUCGGUGUGAAGAAAUCGCAGAGGAGAGGAGAGAAGAAGAAAAUGGCGGAGGAGGGACAUGUCAUCAGCUGCCACACCGUUGAGGCCUGGAACGAGCAACUCCAGAAGGGCAACAAUUGCAAUAAACUGAUGGUUAUUGACUUCACUGCUUCUUGGUGUGGUCCUUGUCGAAUCAUUGCUCCGUUCUUGGCAGAGUUGGCGAAGAAGCUACCUAAUGUUAUCUUCGUCAAGGUGGAUGUGGAUGAACUUAAGACAAUUGCUAAUGAUUGGGCCAUUGAAGCAAUGCCAACUUUCAUGUUUCUGAGGGAAGGGAAGAUUCUGGAUAAGGUUGUGGGAGUAAGGAAAGAUGAGUUGCAGAACACAAUUGCCAAGCAUAUGAAUACAACAUCAUCAGCAUCAACAACAUCAGCAUCAACAACAUAUUGUUUCUGAGGGAAGGGAAGAUUCUGCUGGAUAAGGUUGUGGGAGCAAAGAAAGAUGAGUUGCAGAACACAAUUGCCAAGCAUAUGAAUACAACGACAUCAGCAUCAACUUCCUAGUCCGAGUUUCCUAGCUUUAGUUUUAUAUGGUCUUUAACUUGCGAAUCGGCUGACUCAAAGUGAGUUAGAAUUUGCUUUAGUUACUGUGAUCUGAACCUUGUGAGCUUUUGUUUGAAACUGCAUAACUACGGAAUUCGAAUGCCAUUCUUGCAA